UUGGUCCUUCAAAGGGUGACGUACUUCACUAGGAAAUGGUCAACUGUUUUGUGAGGUUUGUGUAAACACUAUUGAUUCGCGCUCGGCAUUCACCAAAGGAAACCACCAGAUCGCACGCGAGCUUUUCUCCCUUCGGAAUCGCCAGACGAGCAUCAUCUGUACCGUACACGCGCUUUAUUCGACACUUAAACGACGAGAAUGUCCGCAUCGGGCGAUAUCCACGCGCAGCUGGCGUCGAUCCUCGAGCGCUUCGCUAAAUGCGCGCUGCUGGAGAUGAGCCGCGCGGUGGAGCAGGAGAUGACGCGCCGCCAGAUGGAGGUCGAGACCCUGCUGGUGAAGCUCCAGUUCACCGAGAGCGAGCUGCGAUCUGCUCGACAGAGCCAAGCGAACCUGCGCUCCGUGGGAAUACAAGUCCACAGCAGCGGACAGAGAGAGGUAAACCUCAACCUUGUAAAGUUCAAUGAAAAUUAUGACGGAGAAACACCGACAGGGACGAACACAGACGAUCCUUCAGCACAGGCAUUCGCAUUGAAUGAAGAUGGAAUCAAAUCCAUUCGGAUCAAAGAGGAGCACAUGGAUGAAGGACAGUGGGACAGCGGACUGAUAUCUCCUGCUCUUUGCCCGUUGGGUCCGGAGGCGGAAGACCAGGACAGUUUCAGCGCGGGAACAGGACUAUCUAAACAGAACGGGAGUAAAAUCAAGCCCAGUGGGUUGUGGAAUUCACCCGUUUCUGAGGAAUAUCCCAUCAACUCCGAAGGCCAGAGUUUGGACGCGUCUCCUCUUGAAUCAGGCGAGCGAUACGAGAACCGACGGCCGGAUCUGAACACACAGCAUCACAUGGAAGAAGCGUACAGACCGGAGGAGAUCCCCCUGCGUGUGAAUCCUUCAGCGGCGGAGAGGAGCUCUCGCUGUCCUCAGUGCGGAAAGACCUUCACCACACGCUUCUACCUGAAGAUCCACCAGCGCAUCCACACCGGAGAGAGACCCUACACCUGUCCACAGUGCGGCAAGGGCUUCUACUGUAACUCACACCUGAUCUCACACCAGCGCUCGCACACCGGAGAGAAACCCUACAGCUGCGAGGAGUGCGGCAAGUCCUACUCACACUUAAACUCUCUCAAACUGCACCAGCGCAGCCACACCGAAGAAGAGGCGUAUGCAUACUGGUGAUUCAUCAUCGACGCCGUUUGACAUUCAACAUGUAUUUUGUAUGAUAAAUUAUAAAAUAAACAAGCAUUGCUUUUAGUUUGAUACACUGCCUUUUUUGAGUUAACAUUUGUUACACUAUUUGUUAAACAUUGAUUGAUACAUAAAAUGCAUUUCAUUUAUAUAUAAAUUAAUUUUUCAUUUUAUGACCUGUGUUAUGUUGCUUUGCAAUAUUUUAUUAGUUUGUAUGGAUUAUUUAAUAUGGGAGCAUCAUUUUGCAAUUGACAAUAAAAGCCUGUGACUUUC